AUGGAUUCAUCGCUACAUGAGGUCUGGCUAGCUGCUGCUGGUAGUCCAUUCCUCCCCGCCGUCGGCAAAGACAGCCAAUUCCUGGUCGGCUUCGUUCUACUACUUCUAGGAGUUUCCGCUACUGGUGUCUUUGCAUUGAAUCGUUCACUGGUCAACGUUUUCGCAGUAGGCAUCCCAGCAUCUCUGGCACUGGCAUAUGGUGUUGUGUACAUGUUCUGUGCUGUCGGAGUCUACGUCUGA